CUUUCGGAGACCCGUGCGCAUCCUCUCUGCUCCUGGACCUUCCCGCAGCUUCUCUUGUGAGGCUGGGCUUCUCUAGCGCCUGGUGAUGGAGCUGGAGGGAAGCGUGAGGCUCUAAGGACGAGGGUGGUUGGGGUGCCGACCGUGCAGGCUUGGGAUCCUAGUUUGUGCUCUUUAGUACCGUGUGACCCGGCGAGUGACUUGGCCUUUCUGAACAGCAUCUGAUCAUCUAUAAAAAGGGGCCGAAUAGCAAUAAUUACCCCGUGAGGUUGCGGACAGGAUCAAAGGAAGCAACUCUUAUAAACUUUUAUAUUUGCAAAUUCGAGUCGGUCCAGACCUUGUAGAUGCUGCGUUGCUUUGGUCGCUGUGUUUUCCAAUCUAUUAAACAUUUAGUAAGAAAUAAUAGUACAUACAUUGGAUAUAGAAAACCUAAAGUAUUUUUUAUAUUUAAAAAACAAAAUCCUUGAAAUGUAAUGUAUGUCAGAACCUGAAGAGAGAAGCUUGAACUCGCAAUUUGUUUUCCCCCUUUCUUGUUAAAUGCCACCUGGGCAUUGGGGAGAAGGCUUACUGGUUAAAGGUGCUUGCUGCAAAGCAUGAACCGACUCAUGAAAGUUGUCCUCCACUUCCGCACCAACGUGGAACAUGCUCACUCAUGCACCCUCCCUAUAGGGUCAGAGCACUUAUAUUGAAUCUAGAGACAACAUAUUUGUGUAAUUUCUGUGUUGAGAUUAAAACAUAUGGCAAUGAAGAAAGAGACAGAAUCUGGGGUUUUCAUCUGAAGAAAAUGACAGACAACAACCAAACCUGUGCUGCAGGCCAGGCCUCCGUGCCCUACAUGACUUGUUUGAUUCACGUGCUUGAGCAGUGGCUGGGUGUGGAGCAGUUGGAGGACUAUUUGAAUUUUGCAAGCCAUCUCUUGUGGGUUUUUACCCCACUGAUACUUCUAAUACUCCCUUACUUUACCAUCUUUCUUCUCUACCUUACUGUGGUUUUCCUGCACAUCUAUAAGAGGAAGAAUGUGUUAAAGGAAGCCUACUCUCAUAAUUUAUGGGAUGGCGCAAGGAAAACAGUGGCCACUCUGUGGGAUGGACACGCAGCGGUUUGGCAUGGUUACGAAGUUCACGGGAUGGAAAAGAUACCGGAAGGACCAGCGCUUAUCAUUUUUUAUCAUGGAGCGAUUCCCAUAGACUUUUACUACUUCAUGGCUAAGAUUUUCAUCCAGAAGGGCAGAACGUGCCGAGUAGUAGCUGACCACUUUGUCUUUAAAAUCCCAGGGUUCAGUUUAUUACUAGACGUAUUUUGUGCUCUUCAUGGGCCAAGAGAAAAAUGUGUUGAAAUCCUGAGGAGUGGCCACUUGCUGGCUAUUUCACCAGGAGGAGUCCGAGAAGCCUUGCUCAGUGAUGAAACCUACAGCAUCAUCUGGGGCAGCCGGAAAGGCUUCGCACAGGUCGCCAUUGAUGCGCAAGUGCCCAUUAUUCCUAUGUUUACACAAAAUAUUCGAGAAGGAUUUAGAUCACUUGGAGGAACAAGAUUAUUUAAGUGGCUUUAUGAAAAAUUCCGCUAUCCAUUUGCUCCAAUGUAUGGAGGUUUUCCUGUAAAAUUGCGGACCUUCUUAGGUGAUCCCAUUCCAUAUGACCCAAAGAUAACAGCCGAAGAAUUAGCUGAAAAGACCAAGACCGCCCUUCAGGCUUUGAUUGAUAAGCACCAAAGGAUACCGGGCAACAUCAGGAGUGCUCUGCUGGACCGCUUUCAUAGAGAGCAGAAGGCCGAUUGAGAGACAAUGUAGUGAGUCUCUAGUGAUGAGCUCACAGCUGCAGUGCUGUCUUAAAUUUUAUAGGUUGUAUAAUAGUGUUUUUAAAGCAUCAUGUUAAUAAGUAUCUUUCUUAGAACUUGUUUAUUUAAUUUAUAUUGUUAACCUUGUCCUUUCAAUCAGUUGUGUCAAAUUUAUAAGUAACUCAUUACUUGCCUGACUCAGAAAGUGAUCAUGUUGCAUUUGCAAUCUUUAGUAGUAUAUGAUAAGCAUAGAGUCUUCGUGUUAAGUCUUUCUUGAUAUCAGCAGGUUAAGCAGACAUUUCUAAAUUAUGUCUGCCAUGCCGAUCUGAACAUUAGGGGCGCAUGCAUUAGGUGUAGCACUGAAUUUAGGUGAGAGGUGCCUGCGUCUGUCUGUCUUCAUUCCAUUCACAGCUGCGGGUAAGUUGUGGAAUGCUUUUGUACCUCAGCGAUGUAAGCAUGAUAACAUUGUGGUGAUGAACACGACUUUGAGUUGCUUAUGUCCACUGUGCUAUCUGUAGUGCGAGAGAUAUAACUGAACUGAUUCCUGAAUCCUGAAGGAGUUAGGGACAUGUGUUUUUGUCCAUUGAGUGUAACAAUUCCUUCAGGUGUGAUGUCCAGUUGCCAAGCACAUUGAAAGAGCUGUACUGUUUUAUAAAUCAAGACAUUGUUAUUUCUUUAGUAUUUAUUUUAAACAAGUAUCUAAGUAAACAUAAAGAAUAAGUUGUCAGCAUGGUGUUUUAUGGGGUAAGGAUAGAAUCACGGUCACAUUCCGCAGUUCGCGCUAGAAGCGGAUUCUAGGCUGAGGAAUAAGGAACAAGAAAGCACUGAUUUUGCUUAAUAUCCUGGUUUGUUUUGCUGUGCUCUGCAGCCAGUCAUGUGGCUUACUAUUUCAGUAAAAUGUACUUGAAUGACGAAUUUCUGUAAACACGGAGCUCUCUGAAAAUGUCAUGGCAUUUGAUUUGUUGUCUCCCUAAAAACUGAUUUUAAAAGUAUUUAAACAGCAAGGUAUCAUAAAUCCUCUGCAAUAUGUCUCUUUCCAUCUUUAUAGUACUUGGGUUUUAUAUGAACUUUUUAAUGAUAAGUGUAUAUUUAUGAUACAUAGAAAUAUAUAAAAUGUAUAUAGAAAUGUAAAAAAUAAAGGUGAAUUGCAAAUCAUUCUCUUGUGAAAUUGUCUGUGAGACAUCAUUUAAAAUAAUGUUUGUUUUACUCUCCUUUUUUUCUUAUGAAUCAUAUCUUAUUUUAGCCACAAUAAAUGUGUAAUAUACUUCCUGUGUGGUCAGUAUGUUUCAGAGGCAAUUUCAGUGAAAGGAGUCAGUUUGCUGUUUUUUCCCCCUUCUGUUAGUGAACCUUACUUAGUUCAAAUAGUUCAAAGCUGUUAAGUAGUUCCAGAAUCAAUGAGUAAAAGACAAUAAAGUGAACAGGAGAACUGUUUUGGAGAAUCAGUUGGCUUUAAAGAUUGGAGAAAGAGUCCCAUUUGUCAGUAAUGUUGCAAAAGUGGUCAUUUCCCCAGUAUUUACGUAUUAUUCUUCUUUUAAAAUAAUCUUAGGUUCCUGAUACUCACAAUGUCAGGGUCCCAUCCUGACUGAUACAUUUUUAUCUGUGCCGCCUGAACUUAAAUCCCCUUUGUAAGAUCCAGGGACUGUGAUUUGAUACAGUUGGAGAUCAUGAUGGAGAGGGUGCAUUAGUGCCUGAUUUAGUUUUAGGCCAGUGUUCACAGUUAGCUCUGUGCCAGCAUGAAGGGACUUGGGAAGCUUGACUCUGAUCUGCUGGGAAAAGUUUCAGACCCCCUUUUAAAAACUUGUAUAUAGAAAAAUAGAAUCUCAAUAUUGCAGUCAUAGCUGAAACACCCCUUGUACUCUACCAUGUUGGCCAUUGGCUCUGGGCGUCUCACAUGCUUUCCUUGUGUCCACAAGUAUAACCAGCUCUUUUUUGCUCUUUAACAAUCAAUAAACUAGGAAAUUUGUUUUAUGUGCAGACCAUGCAUUCACUUUUAUGAGCUGUCAAGAUGGCUUAAACAGGUAAAGGCACUUGCCACCAAGUUUACGUUCAGUCCUGGGGACCCACAUGGUAGAAGGAAAAAUCCAAAACCUGCACGUUGUUCUCUGACCACCAUUCAUGUUUGCUGUCAUUUGUGUUUGCCCACACAUAUACACAGUAAAUCAAUUAAUUUUAAAAAUUCAAGUUUUGCUGGGUGGUGGUGGUGGUUCACGCCUUUUAACCCAGCACUUGGGAGGCAGAGGCAGGCAGAUCUCUGUGAGUUCAAGACCAGCCUGGUCUACAAGAGCUAGUUCCAGGACAGGCCCCAAAGCUACAGAGAAACCCUGUCUCGAAAAACUGAAACAAAACAAAACCAAACCCAAACUCAAGUUUCAUGAGUUCUUCACAGUGAUGGUUAUACCAGAUUCUCUUCGUGCUCCACCCUCCACAGGAGACUCACACGCUGUGUUUAGUUUCCCUGCCUCUUUAGUCUGUUUGUAAUCUGGAGUGAUUUCUCAGCCCUAGUUUGUCUUUAAUAAUACUGAGAAUUUGUAAUGGAAAGAAUAACUCUCCUAGUUAAGCCUUUAAUUUAUUUUAUUUUUCUGAUUCUUUAUCAUGAUUUGAUUUAGGGUGUGUGAGCCAGACCUGUGACGUCAAUGAUGUGGGUUUUAUGUACACAUCACAAGGAGGUGCAUGUUGAUUUGUGUCAUUUGUAAUGGUAGCUAACCGGUCAAUUAAGACAGUGUGCACCAUUCUUUCCUGAAAGUCAUUGUCCUUUUAAUUAGUAAGUAUAUGGACACUCUGAAAACAUCCGUAUCUCUGAUCUACCAUAUUGUUCUGGAGAUUAAACUCCAGUCAGUCAGCCUUGGCAGCAAGUGUCUUUACCUGCUAAACCCUCACGGAUCCCACAACGAUUAUUGCUCAAAAAUAUGCUUUGUUUUCUUUUUGUAAAAUAUACAUAGCUCCAAGUUUUAUUGUUUGACCUUUUCAAAUAUUACUGGCGUGAUGUGGGAUUUCCUUUUGUAUGCUAUGAAUGUGUUUUGUUACCAUUGGUUAAUGAAUAAAGCUGUUUUGGCCUAUGUCAGGGAAGAAUAGAGCAAGGUGGGAAUUCCACCAGAGAUAGAGGAGAAAGUAGGUGGAGAUGCCAUGUAGCUGCCAAAGGAGACAGAUGCCCUGGAACCUUACUGGUUGGUCACAGCCACAUGGCAAUACACAGAUUAAUAGAAAUGGGUUAAUUUAAGA